UUUUUUUACAAUUUCGGACAUGUGAUAGCCGUACUGAUCGAAUCCGGCGAACGGGAAAAAGCCAAUUAUUUUUCCUCCGAUCUCAUUUUCUUUUUGAAAACUAAAAACAUUUAUAAAAAUAAAAUAAAACAACGCCGUAGAAAUUUUUCUUUACGUUUAUUUCGGCCGAUUUUCCGUUUGGUACCGUCGCCUAUUAUAAAACGGGAGAAGGAUUUUCCACCCGUCUCGGUUGGUAGGACUGGGACGCAGAUAACGAAGCCUAUCCUCGGACGGAGUUGUUGUUCUCGGGGGUUAUUUUUUUGUUGUUAGCAAAUCAAAUAGGAAGAAGACUGUGUAAGAGGAAAUGGCGUUAGCAACUCCACCGGCGGUGAAGUGGGCACAAAGAUCGAACGUAGUGUUUUUAACAAUAUGCCUAGAAGACUGCCAGAACCCGGAAAUAAAAAUUGAGCCCAAUAAAGUUUACUUUAAGGGUACAGGGGGUACGGACAAGAAACUACACGAAGUUGAAAUUAAUCUUUAUAAAGAAAUAGAACCAGAGAAAUGCGAGCAGGCGAUCAGGGGGCGAGUUAUAGAGCUGACGCUUUUGAAGAAGGCCAGCGGAGACGACAGCGAAUCGUACUGGCCCCAGCUGACAAAAGAGAAGGCUAAACACCACUGGUUGAAAAUUGACUUCAACAGAUGGAAGGACGAAGAGAGCUCGGGCGAUGAUGAAGACGGUGGACACGAUUCCAACUACAACCUUUCAGAAAUGAUGAAAAGCAUGGGUGGGCUCAGCGGAAGCGGCGAUUCCUCCGAAGGGCUGAACAUGGGCGACCUUGAGUCGGAUUCGGACGACGAGGAAGAAUUCGACGAAAACCUACCUCCGCUAGAAUAAAAGUAAAAUAUCGAGACUAAAUACCAAACUUUAAAACAAAACAAAAAAAAAAUUAAAAAUCAAUGUUUUUUUUCUUUCUGUUUUUCUUAUUGUGUUCGGCACUGACAACACAAAAUAAAACACCCUUUCUUAUUUUUUUUUUCCUUUUUUUAUUCUCUACCAACACCUUGGAAUGUCCAGUGAUUUAGCAAUUUAUGAAUGUAUUUAAAAAAAAGAGGAAACCUUGUCAGUUUUUAUUUUUCUUCUAAUUAAGGUAUACUUGAACAUUUUAAUUUUGUCUAGCAAAAGGAAUGUCAGUAGAAAGUCCUUCUCUUCCUCAUUUUUUCGUCUAAUUCCCUCACCCCUUCUCACCACGACCAUGUGCCCUACAAAGCAAAUACCACCCUCGGUAUUUCUUUUAAUUUAAUCUUACGCCUAGUUGUUUCUUUUUGGUUUUUAUUUUAUUUUUUAUUAUUUUUUACAUUCAAA